AUGUCGGAUUUCAUAGAAGAUCUUAAUCCUUUAUCAGAUUUCUUAAUUGGAGUCCCUGCUACGCUUACAAGCUGCUAUAUAGUUCGAGAGCAAUUUGUCCAUCAAAUUUUUAGACAGUUACAGGAUAAGAAUUUUAUCCAAGGCCACCUAUUAGUGUAUGGAUUGCCUGGCACGGGCAAAACGAUUGCUGUUAGCCAAGCUGUCUCAUUAUGGUCGUUGUCUGCUCCACAGGAAGAAGAUCGGCCGAUAUUUCGGGUUGCUUAUUGGACUAAAAUAGGAAAUGUCGACAAUGGUAACUUAUUCCACAUACUAAUUCAGCUAUGCAUCCAAAUGGGUUUAAGUUGGGAAAAACGACCUCGAGAUUUAGAUGAAGUUACUCCAUGCAUUGAACAAUUUCUGCAGGCUAACAGCCACAAGUUUGAGAUUCUUUUCAUUUUCGACGAUAUAUGGGAUAAAUCGCAUUUAGACUAUCUAACAUUUGCUAAGAAAGCUGUCUUGACUUCUCGUUUUAACUAUCCGCAAUGGCAAGAAAACUAUCAUAGUUUCAUUAAAGCACCGGAGCAAUUUACGUCUGAUGAAGUAAUACAAGUAUUGGACGGUUAUAUCUAUAAUCAUAAUUCACAAAUCGUUCUUGAAAGUGAAUUGAUGACAAGGGUUAUUCAGAGCUGUCAGGGCUUACCUUUAGCCAUCUCUUUAUUGAGGAGUUUAACUUUGGAAACAGAGGAGCACUGGAAAGAAGUAAUUGACAUUAUGGAGUCAAAACCAGUGGAGCCCAAAUUUCCGGAUUAUGAAUUCAACUUAUACGACUUUAUUAUGAUGUGUAUUAAUAACUUGGAGCCUGAAAAGAAUGAAUUAUUUCAAUUACUUGGUGUUUUUAAAAGAAUUCCCAUCCCAUUUCGCUCCAUUAUGUGCUUAUGGAAACGUAACGAAGCUGAAGUAUAUGAAAUGAUGAAAGUGCUGGAUGAGAAAGCGCUAAUUACUUAUUAUGAUAAUGUCGAUAUAAAUGCAAGGUAUGGCUAA